AUGUCUACUGGACGAGCCAUUAGCUCGGGGAGAGUCAACGUCUUGGUCUACUCUGGCCACGGAAGCACAGUAGAAUCAGUCCGCCACUGCCUCUACACUCUCCGCCGCCUUCUCGCUCCAAACUAUGCUGUAAUCCCCGUAACAGCAGACAUGCUCAUCAAAGAACCCUGGCAAUCAACCUGUGCUAUGCUCGUCAUGCCAGGGGGUGCCGAUUUGGGGUACUGUCAAUCCCUGAAUGGUGCGGGAAAUCGUCGUGUUUCUCAAUUUGUGUAUAAUGGUGGUACUUAUCUCGGGUUUUGUGCGGGGGGUUAUUAUGGUAGUAAAAGAUGCGAGUUUGAGGUUGGGAAUCAGAAAUUGCAGGUCAUUGGGGAAAGGGAGCUUGCGUUUUUCCCGGGGAUAUGUCGUGGUUGUGCGUUUGAAGGGUUUGUUUAUCAUAGUGAAGCUGGUGCGCGGGCGGCGGAGGUGAGGGUGUCAAAGUCUGUGUUUGUGGAGGGGAGGGUUCCGGAGAGGUUUCAUUGUUACUAUAAUGGUGGUGGGGUUUUUGUAGAUGCGGAAUCAUAUGCGGAUCAGGGAGUUGAGGUUUUGGCGAGUUAUACGGAGGAAUUGUCUGUUGAUUCAGGCAAGGGUGCAGCGGCGGUCGUAUAUCGCAAGGUUGGCGAGGGAGCGGUUAUUCUUACAGGACCUCAUCCAGAAUUUGCCGCCAUCAACCUGGAUAAAUCCGCCGGUGGCCCCGAAUAUGCAAAAGUGAUUGAUCAACUGGCGGCCGAUGACACAGCCAGAACAGACUUUUUGAAAGCAUGCUUGACAAAACUUGGACUACAAGUCAGUCAAGAGACUACCACGGUACCGUCACUUUCCUGCCUGCAUCUCUCCUCUGUCGAGCCUGAGUAUACUCAAGCCAUUGUAUCUUCGUUGGAAGAGAUAAUGACCAAGGAUGAGCGAAAAGAGAUCCUCAAAGAUGAUAACGAUACCUUUGAAAUCGAGAGAGCGGAUAAGACGUACCAAAUGGAUGAUUUGAAGGAUGCGUUGCCGGGGGAUGAAAAGACGGGAGAAAAGGCGAUUGAUGACGGGAUCGUUGAUUAUAACACGAUUAUCAAAAGGUUGCUGAUCCAUACCGAGCUUCCUUCGUCUAAAUUGACGCCUUAUUUCAAUCAUCACGCUUUCUAUGCCAAUUUGAGACAUUAUCAGUCCAUGUCAAAGGAAGCAGUAGUCGACUUUGGACGGUCAAUCAUGUACGGCGAAGUGGUUACAAGUACAAAUACCAUGCUGGAAAAAAAUACUCGACUCCUUCGACGAUUACCCACCGGUUUCACAAUGACAGCUACAGUCCAAGUAGCAGGAAGAGGUCGCGGAUCUAAUGUCUGGGUCUCACCAGCAGGAGCCCUCAUAUUCUCAACUAUGGUGCGCCAUCCGAUGGAAAAGAUGCAGUCAGCGCCGAUUGUCUUCAUUCAAUAUCUCGCUGCUAUGGCUGUUGUCAAGGGAAUCAAGACGUACGACAAGGGGUAUGAGGAGUUGCCGAUUAAGAUGAAAUGGCCUAAUGACGUUUACGCCAUGGACCCCUCCGACCCCGAAAAACGGAAAUAUACAAAGAUCAGCGGCAUCCUAGUCAACUCCCACUACUCAUCAGAAGAAUAUGUUUCUGUCGUCGGUAUCGGCAUAAACGCAACCAACACCUCACCAACAACAUCCCUAAAUGCGGUUGUUGAGAAAUUCGCAUCUCGUGCAACCGUCAAAUCAAGCCCCAUCAUUCUUGAAAAGUUACUUGCACGCGUUUUGACCGUCUUUGAAGAGUUAUACAUUCGUUUCCUGCGUACAGGGUUCGAUAAACAGUUUGAAGAUAUGUAUUAUGAGGAUUGGUUGCAUAUGCAUCAGAUCGUGACCUUGGAAGAAGAAGGUGGUGCCAGGGCUCGCAUCAAGGGGAUCACGCGCGAUUAUGGUCUGCUUCUCGCAGAGGAACUGGGCUGGGAUGAUCGACCUACAGGGAAAGUAUGGCAGUUACAGAGUGAUAGCAACAGUUUUGAUUUUCUCCGGGGGCUAUUAAAGCGGAAGAUCUGA